UUUUUUUUUUUUUCUUCUUUGUCUUUCCCUCUUGAUAUCUGUCAUCAUAUCUACUUUUGACGUUGUUCUUAUAAAGAAUGUCGUCUGAUAAUACUUGGGGCCAAUAUGAUGGUGGACGUGGGCGUGGACGCGGACGCGGACGUGGAAGGGGACAAGGAAAUCGUUCGCAACAACAGGAUCAGACUGAAGGAUCAACAUGGGCUUCUGGAUUCCAAACAAGAGGAGGACGACAUCAACGAGGUGGUGGUCGAUCUCAACAACGUGAAGGAAAGACUUCCUAUCGAGAUAACGGUGGACGUGGUGGUUAUCGAGGCAGAGGUGGAUUCAAUAAUCAGAACCAGCAAUACAAGUCUUCAGGUGGUGGAUGGACAGCAAGUCGCAGUGGAAAAAUGACUACUGUAGAUAGUACGGAUAAUUGGUCAUCAAACCCUACAAGCGAUUGGGCAACAGCAACAGUGUCUGGCACAGCAAAUACUACGGAUAAUUGGUCAACACCGACAACCUUUGGCAACACAAACGACAAUUGGACAGAAUCAAUUAGUACUGAUAAUGCAUGGUCAAAAAUAGCAGCAUCCUGUGGCAACGAUCAAUCAACAAAAGCAACAACAGCUCAUGCUUCAUCAGAUAAAUGGGAAAAUACGACAACUGAUGUCACUGUAGAUAAUUCAUGGGGAACUUCGACUGAUACAGGGCAAACUGAUAGGUAGGUUUUUCACAGUCAAAAAAAAAAAAAAGAUAGCAAAUACUCAUUCAUUGUCAUUUGAUUUGGAUAGUUGGACAGCGGAUAUGGCUACCUCACAAACUGAUUGGAAUCCAUCAACAAUACCUUGGUUAAAAACUCUAGAUGAACCUGUGAACAAAAAGGAAUCUGGUCGAGGUGAAUGGAAAGAUGGACAACAUGUGAUAGCAGAACGGGAUCCUGAAAUUGAAAA